GUCACGACGUUGCAGCGUCGCCUUUCAGUGAUUGCCUUUCGCUGACGCAAUUUCAACGGUUGCGAAGCGCCUGCCGUCGUCUGCUCGCAGAGAAAAUCACAUUCUCGUGCGAUAGUUACUGACAGUUACCAGCUAGACGUUGCAGAGACAGCUCACUCUGACUGUAAAGUUCCACGACACCAGGUGUAUGUACUGUGUGUGUAUGUGACGUACGCUUAUCGCGGCUUUGGCCAGCCAUCAGCCAUGGCUGUCAACUUCUACAAAGCCAUCCUCGUCGUCCUCAACAUAGUAUUCAUGGUAAUUGGAGUGAUACUGUUGGUGCUUGGGCUGAUGUUCAAGAUAAGGUGGAACAGCGUCAGGGACGCCUUUCAAAGUGUGGAAGGAAAAGGCUUCAACGUUGCUUACGCCGGUGAGACUGUCGCCACGAGCGUCAUCGUCUUCGGCGCCUUUAUCCUCUUCAUGGCGCUGCUCGGUAUGGUGGGGGCCAUGUGUGAGGUGCGCCUUCUUCUCACACUGUACACUUUUCUCGUCAUAGUGGCCGUCAUUGCCGAGCUCACCACCAUCAUACUCAUCGGGACGAAGGGUUUAAAGGCCAUGCAAUCACUGGACAAUACGCUCAUGAAUGUCUUUAAAGGCUACAAUGAGACCAACGAAGACGCGAGGUCAAAGGCCAUCAGUGUACUUUUCUCUAUGCAUCAAUGCUGCGGCUUGGCCGGGGACAAGGACUUCGAUAUGAGUUCGAAUGACCCCAUUAUUCCGUGGUUCCCCGACGAAAAAAAGCGAAAGGCAGGUGACAUCCAUGGCAAAGCGAAGCUUCCUCUAACAUGUUGUAAAGGUGUGCACCAAGAACACAUCACCCAGAGAAACUACGAGGUCGCCAAGGACUGUCUGCUCGGCCACACAAACGGGACCGCAUACACGCAGGGAUGCCAGAAGGUCAUCGCGAAUAAAAUCAAGGUCUUCCAGAACACUUCUAUCGGCGUGGGCAUUAGCAUUAUCAUCAUCGAGAUAUUGCUUAUCCUUGACAUCCUGCUGCAUGUGUUGUGGAGACAACACAGCCAAGUACUUCAAGCACGCUACACUGGAGUGAUCUCAAGGGUCAGAGGGCGUCACAACGUCCACUAACGUCAACGGUCAAAACAUACAACGCUCGAUUUGUCAUUGUGGUCUUAUGUCGGGACUGUGUGUGCGUGUUAAUCCCUGUUUGACCACUAAACGUACAGCACAUAUGUAAAGGAUUAAAUACUAGCAAACGUCUUGUAAACUGAUAUUAAUGAAUAAAUAAGCUACUAAAGUAUACCACAAACACAAGAUAACCCCGCUUUAUUAUAUCAUUUACGUUACCUUUGUGUUUUUUAAGACUAGAGUAUGAGUCUAAUUUAAAAAAAAAAGGUAUAAUAUGGAACUCGAAAAAAAGGAAAAUUGAAGCAGUAUCAAAAUGGAGUUGUGUAUUGGUUUGAGAAAGUUUGUAUGUGCAAUGUUAGUUGAGCUUUAUAGCUUUGGCUUGAACGUAAGAUAUCACCAAUAAGUGCUUGUGUUGAUGAUUGCACAAAAUGAUUAGUUUACUAUGGAAGGUCAAUAUUUAACAAGGAAUAAAGAAUAAAAAUCACUGGAAGGCCAA